AUGAGCGAUCUCUUAUCGACUUACGGAGGAUAUGAUGUUAAACGGUUACCGACACCAUGUUUCCUAAUUGUUGAAACAAAGUUUGACAAGAAUUGCAGACACAUGCUUGAACGUGUCAACGAAUUAGAAAGAGAAACGAACGUUCCAAUUAAAUUUCGUGCUCAUAUAAAGACUCAUAAAACUGCUAAAGGAACCUUGAAGCAAUUGGGGGUAGGCCUUAUAGAAACUCCCAAAGAUUCAAUUGUAGUUUCCACAAUAAAGGAGGCCACUGAACUAUUGAAUUAUCAAGAUAAAAUAUGCAAACAAUAUGUCAAAGAUAUCUGUUUUGGGUUACCUGCAUGUGUUCCUGAAAUUAUCGACCAACUAAAUACUUUAUCAGGCAGAGUGCAAAAUUUGAGAAUUUUUGUAGAUAGUGUCGAGCAUUUAGACAACUUGGUGAAGUUUGGUAGAAGUGCAAAUGACAGAAAAUGGUCUAUUUUUAUUAAGGUUGAUAUGGGGACUCAGAGAGCAGGAUUACCAACAGAAUCUGCUGAAUUCCUUGAAUUAUUAAAGAAAUUAAUCACCCCAGAAGUAGCUGAGGUUGCUGAUUUGUACGGAUUUUAUGCACAUGCGGGUCAUAGCUAUAAUGUGACUAACAUCUUGGAUGCACAUGACCUACUGCUUCAAGAGAUCAAAGCAGUCAAUGAGGCUGCCAAAAUGGUUAGGAAAUUAAAUCCCAAAAUUAAUGCAAUAGAUCUGACAUUGUCAGUCGGUGCUACUCCAACAUCUAAUUCAUUAAGGAUCAGAGAUGAGUUAGAAAUUAACGAAUAUAUUAGAGAUACAUUAGUUGGAACUUUAGAGAUACAUUGUGGUAACUAUUGUGUAUAUGAUUUACAACAACUUUCGACUAAUUGCAUUAAUGAUUUUGAAUGUUCUGGUUAUGUAUUAGGUACCGUCCUAUCGUCUUACAAAGAGAGACAUGAAAUGUUAACUAACGCUGGUGUAAUGGCACUAACUAGGGAAUCAUCUAAGUUCAAAGGAAAUGGUCUAUGUAUCCACACUGACACUAUCUUAAAGGAUGAAUCCUAUAAAAUUGAUUGGUUCAUAGAUAGAAUUUCUCAGGAACAUGGUAUACUAAAACAGUACCAUGGCCAAGAAGACCAAGAAUUUCCAAAUAAGAAGACACCAUUAAAACCUUUGUUAAAUUUGGGAGAAAAAAUAGCUAUUUUACCACAACAUGCUUGUAUUACGAUGGGUCAAUUCCCACAUUACUUUGUUCUUGACAACGAUAAUAAAGUAUCUGACGUUUGGAUACCAUUCCAAAAAUGGCAAUAA